AAGAGCUGUGGAAGUACCUUUAUGGAUUCACCUUUAUACUUUAAAGGCCAGUCCCAUAUCAGCGUGAAAACGGAAAACGUUUAGACAAUAACAACCUCCGAUUCAAUGGAAAUCAUCUAAAAGAAAAUUCUUAUUGGUUUAACGUUUUCCGUUUCACGCUGACAUGGAAGCAUGGGACAUUUAGUAAACCUGUUUUAGAACGACUUUGGGAUUGUUCCUUUGUUCGUUCUUCGUUAGUCCACGCUUCCUGUUCGUUCUUUUCCCUUUCAACUACAGUGAUAUUCGGUUGUGCCAAAAGUCUCUGGAAGAAUCUGCGAUGGAAGCACUCAUCAAGAAACAUAAAUUUACCCGCAAUGAAGAAAUUGACUCAUUUAAAAUAGGAGAUCAAACAAUAAUAUUAACAGGACUAAUCACAAAAAUGGAAGAAGUCAAAUCAUCCGCGCAAAAUGAAAAUCAAAAUAAUCGGAACAAUCAAAGCAAUGACUCUUUGAGACCAGUACGUUAUGUUUUGGACAACUUAUCUGGCCGCACACUUAAGCUUUUAUUCUGGAAGGACAGGGCAUCAGAGUUCACAGGAAAGCUCGUUAACAAUGUUGUUAAAAUCAAGAGAGCCAAAGCUUUAGCCAUAAAGGAUCAAUACCGAAAAGUGGGCGAUAUUGUGAUAGUCGAAAUUUCAAUCCUAAAACAGACGAAAAUUGACAUUUUGGAAUACGUUCCACCGUUGGUGCCGGUGCAGCCUGAAGCACUUUUCGAAGAAAUUCCCCUACGGAAUGCUGGCCUACACCUUAAAAAACGUGUGUGUAUUGAAGGGUUCAUUAAACUUGAAAUUGAAAAUGUUAUUCAUAAUAACUUUUCUUAUGGAUGUGGCUUAAUGACGGACUUUCAUUAUAAAUUAAUAAUAAAUGUUACGACAUUUAAGGAAAAUGUUUUCGACGAAGGGAAGCAUGUACGUGUAAAAGGGAGUAUGAGAGAGUGGAGAAAAUUUGAUCAUACAAGUAGCAAGGAUGGAGGACAUCGAAUUAGUGGAUGACGAAAUUGCAACCGAAGAUGAUUUGGACGCUGGAUUUUUAUCUCCACCAAUUGGAACAGAACCAGAUGUGCCACCUCCGAACUUGAAUAGCAAAACUAAAACUCAUCAAGCAAAUGAUCCACCACAA